AGAAAAGAUAGGGCAAUGUAAGCGGAUCCAACUUGAUGACUCAUUCAACCCUUUAUCCACCACCAUCUGUCUUAUCCCGAAGCAUCAGGUUCGUUGAUUAUAUAAAGAUGAAACAUGCUUGGUUUCCUUUUUCCACUCGAAUAACCAAAGUUGUCGAGCAUCGUCAGAAAAUAGAUACGAAUAGAAUUAGCAACAAAUUAGAAAUAGCAGCCUAUAACUAUCAAGUAGAGUAAGCCAACCAGGCGUUAGCAAACAAACAAGAUGCAGGCUGUGAAGGAGAAGAUCCAAGAUAUGAAGGACAUGCGCAAGGUCAAGGCGGAAGCCAAAGCUGAGGAGAAGGCGGAGCAGGAGGUGGCAAAAGCGAGGAUGGAGGUUGCAAAAGAGGUUCGAUUGGCGAGGGAGGCACAAGCAGAGAUGCAACUCCAUGUUGCUAAAGCCGGGGAAAAGGCUGUGACACAGACUCCCCCUGUGGAUGCUGCUGAAUGCACCACCACAACCACUCAUAACACCACCACCAAGAAGAUGGCUUGAUUGGUUUAUGGACCACCCUAACCAAAUAUUGUAGCUAGAGACAUUCACAAUAUGAACAAUUUCGUUUAGUAUUUUCUUUCAUUUUUGGUACCUACUUUCUUCAUUUAUAGGACCUCGAUUGUACUUUUGUCCAUGGUAGUAGAAUUAGGAGGACACACUAAAUUAAUUAAAUAGUACCAUUACUAUUAUGGUUUCUUUCUUCUCUCUAUUAA